UGCGGUGAGCCUAAACCGUUGAUCAGUAGGGUACACUAUAUCGUUUAUAGCUGUUAUGAACGUUGUUUAUUUAUGAUGGUGAAUCUUUUAAAUGUGCGGUUUGCGUUGCGCGCUCGUUUGACUCGUGAAUGUGAAAUGAUUUCAGGUUUAGUGGUGAAGUUUCAUGUGUGAUGAUGGUGAUGGUGAUGAUGUCGAGGAAGGCUUCUCUGUAUGUGGGUGAUCUGGAUGCGAGUGUGACAGAAGCGAUGCUGUAUGAGAAGCUCAGUCCGACCGGUCCGAUUCUGUCUGUCCGAGUCUGCAGAGAUAAACUCACGGGCUGCUCGCUCGGAUACGCUUACGUCAACUUUGAACGACCUGAAGAUGCCGAGCGUGUAUUAGACACCAUGAACUUUGAUGUGAUGAAUGGCAAACCCAUGAGGAUGAUGUGGUGCCAGCGUGACCCAUCACUGCGCAAAAGUGGAGUGGGAAACAUCUUCAUCAAGAAUCUGGAGAAAUCCAUGAGCAGUGAAGCUCUUCUGGACAUCUUCUCACCCUUCGGUAGCAUCUUAUCCUGCAAAGUGUCCUGUGACGAGAACGGUUCGAAGGGGUUUGGAUUUGUGCACUUUGAGACCCUUGAAGCCGCUGAAAAAGCCAUCAGUCGAUUGGACGGGAUGCUGAUCAAUGAUCAAAAAGUGUUUGUCGGGCACUUCAAGUCCCGCAGAGAGCGCGAGGCUGAAGUGAAGGAGAGAGCCAAAGAAUUCACCAACGUUUACAUCAAGAACUUUGGAUCAGAACUGGAUAACAACUCUCUCUAUGAGAUGUUCAGUGAAUUCGGUCGCAUCGUGAGCACUCGCGUGAUGACAGAUGAGAGCGGUAACUCCAGAGGUUUCGGAUUUGUCGACUUCGAGAGGCACAGCUAUGCUCAGAAGGCCGUGCAGGAGCUGAACGGGGCGGAGUUGAAGGGCAGGCGGCUGUAUGUGGGACGAGCUCAAAAGAGACGAGAGCGUCAAGCGGAGCUCAAGCGCAUGUUUGAGAAGAUGAAGCAGGAGCGUUUGGCUCUCUAUCAGGGCGUCAAUCUGUACGUGAAAAACCUGAGCGACUGCGUGGACUGUGAAGUUCUCCACAAAGAGUUCUCGCCGUACGGGACCAUCACCAGUUGUAAGGUGAUGACGGCGGGAGGACGCAGCAGAGGAUUCGGCUUCGUUUGUUUCUCAUCUCCAGAAGAAGCCACUAAAGCCGUCUCUGAAAUGAACGGUCGCAUCAUCGCGAACAAGCCCUUAUACGUGGCUCUCGCCCAGCGGAAGAAAGAGAGACAGGCCCACCUCAUGGACCAAAACAUGAGCAGAAAGGCGAUGUUCCAGAGACAGAAUCUGCAGCCCUACACCACCAUCUACCAUCCAAACUCAACAUCUGGAUUCUUCAUGACGCCACAGGUUGCUCCACAGGUUCAGUCCUGCCCGCAAUGGGAGCUGCCGGGUGUCAGCUCUCAGUCCACUCACGCUCAUCCUCACUGGUCGAGCGCGUCAGGAUUCAUUCACGGAGUCACUUCAGUGAACCUCCAAACGCCACAGAUGCUGCAGCCUGAUGUGUACCUGCAGAGUCAGAGCAACAAUUCUGACCUCUUCCAUUUCCUUCAAUCCCAUGAUUCUUUGAGCUCGAAGGUAAAUGAUGCGAUGGGUGUUUUUAAAGUCAGUCAGAUGAUGGAAACCCUUCACCUGUGAAUCCUUCAGCUGUCCUUUCAUUCCUGCACCCCACACUUGAUUCAAAGACCGUGUACACUUUAUUGAUACAUUUUCAAAGAUUUGUAUUCAUUUGAAUGCUUCAAUGUUCACUUUUUUAGUUCUAUGUCAACAUUUUAAUCAUUGUAAUAACUGUAUCAUCCUGUUUGUACAACGGGCUUUUAGGAAUAGUAAAUAAAUAUAUUUAGUGAAAUGACACAUUUGUUUUCUUCAUUAGUCAACAUGAAACACACCCAAAACUGAAGCGCGAAUUGGCAUAAACAUUUCUGGAGAGAUGUGCAGAGCUGGUUACAGUUUAACAUCCCAUUAUUUCAAGUAAAGCUAGUUUGGUAUUUUAUUGGAAAAGCGGAAUUUAGAGUUGGUUAUGAAUUACUUGGAAGCUACUUUGGAAAGUUUUUUUCUAUUGAACUGUACCGUUAGAUGGUUUAAAUCAGAACACUCUUUAAAACGUAUGUGCACAUUGUUAAAAAUAAGCAAGCCAUUUAUUUUUUGGGAAAAAUGUGUUAACUACUCUGUUUUCAAGGACAUCUAACGGAAUGCCUUGUUUGUAUGAUAAGUUGGUUGAAUAAAAAAACGAGAAGCCUUCUGCGCCUCUGCGCGCGCUCCUUCCGUUUCUCAUUUCGUGCUGUGCGCUGGUGCCCAUUUCGACUUCGGCACACAUCUUAUAUAAGAAAUAUAACGCUAACACAAAAAAUACACAUAAAACAUCGACUUUUAUUAUCGAUGGAAGCAGGAUCCGCGGCAGAUUUGAGGAGAUUAUCCGCGCAGCGCCGCAUCUCUUUGACUUCAGGAGGUCAUGUCUUGAUCAAUACCGCGAAAACAUCAACGGUUAUAUCGGUACCGAACGCGUUUUAACAGAUCUUCAGUCUGUUUUCUAGCAGUUGACGGAAUUUGAGCGCGUAUCCGUCGCUCGACUCCUGCGCUCUAACCGCGCGUUCCACUUGUCCUGUCGUACGAUAGUCGUUAAAGAAGAUGAAUCCUAGCGCUCCCAGUUUGUGACUGAGGCCAUUCUUUACCAGACGUUCAGCCCGGCCGGGCCCAUUCUGUGGGACACGAUGACCCCGUCGCUCUCUGGGUUACGGCUAUGUGAACUUCUAGCAAAAAGCUGACGGUGAGAACCCUUUGCUAUGGUUUUUGGAGAUCCGUCAUAACCGGAAUCAAACUCGUGUUUCAGCCGAACGCGCCUUGAACACCAUGAACUUUGACCUCAUCAUGGGCAGACCCGUCCGGAUCAUGUGGUGCCAGCGUGACGCUUCGCUGCUUAAGAGUGGCGUGGGUUUAAGUUUGAGACUUUCUGUCAUGGUCACUAUAUAGUGAUUCUGUUUCUGUGGUUUACAUCAUUUUCACUUUUCUCAGUUUUCUUUGUGAAUAAAUUACUUUAAUAUUUAAACGUGUUACGUAUGUAAAUUACAAUUUACAAAGCAUGAAAUAAAAAAAUAUAUAUAUCCUUUUGUACA